CAUGAUUGCAAGAAUGUCAACUGCCGCUUUCUGGAUUCUAAUUAUCUUCAGAAAUUUUAUAGACCUUUUUGGUGACCUUUGGUUGAGAAUAACUGGCGUUCAAUUAUUUACGUUGACAGUCGAUUCUGUUUAUAAGGGUCUACCUGAUAAAUCUCGAGCCUAUCUAAAUUCUGAUAUUGUUGGGAAGCAUGUAAUAGAAUCCAUUUCCAGACUAGUAUCCGCUCUAAAUAGCUGCCGGGAAGUGUCAACUGUGGGUCGGUUUAUACUUCAUAGAUCGAUAGUAGAGGGUUUACGACGCCGAGCAGAUCUGGUCGAGUGUUUGAAAUCUAAUCCCGAAAUAUUAGCCGUAAAGAUAUCGAGACCGGUUUUUAUCGUUAGUAUGCCGAGGACGGCAAGCACAUUCCUACAUUGUUCUAUGCAAAAAGACCAACGAUGGUUGGUACCUGAAACGUGGCAAUUAUCGUUCCCCACUCCACCCCCCCAUAUUCCAUUCACUAUUUCUGAAAUCAAACGUAUUGAUGAAAUGACCAAGCAACUCAAGUAUUCGCAUUUAUUAGCAGGUGAGGAUAUGAAAGCUGCUCAUGAUGUGAACGCUCGCGACCCGGAAGAUGAGACCAUAUUUUUGGAAUGUGAAGGUGUUCAUAAUUUUUUGCCUCAGUUGUUAAAGGGCAGUGAACUAGAUAGUUAUGCUCAGUGGACUUAUGAGGGAUUAACCACGGAUGAUUGGUGUAGAAUUUACACAACAUUAAAGCAAACUUUUCAGACGAUUAACUAUCAUCGGAAAGAUAUUGCGGGUAAAAGAGUUUUAUGGGUUACUCAUUUUCCCUGCUUGAAUGCUGAGGCACUUCUGCAAGUUUUUCCUGAUGCCCAAUUUAUUACUAUUCAUCGUGAUCCGCCCAAACUUGUGAAUUCCAUUUCAUCCCUUGUGUGCAACAUUUCGAAACAAUAUAAAAGAAAUGGUGACAACAAUAAAGUUGAAAUAGGUAAACGACUUUUGAAGCACAUGGAAAAAGGUAUUGAAAUGCUAAUGGAUUUCCGUGAGAGGCACUCUGGCGAAUCAGAACGAUUCAUUGAUGUUUUGUUCGAAGAUCUAACUAAAAAACCUGCAGAAACCAUGAAGGGUAUUUACCGGAAAUUGGGAGAGAAUUGGAAUGAGAACGAUUGUAAACAAUUAAUCGAGUAUGUUGCUGAACAAAAGGCGCACGGAGGAGGAAGACACAAAUAUUCGAUGACAGAAUUCGGUUUAGAUUUUGAGGAAGUACGGAUGAAAUUAAAAAGCUAUUCGCGUAGAUUCCUACCUUAG